AUGGGUUCUGAUGGGGAGGAAAUGGUGAAGGGUCCAGAAUGUGAUCGUCCGUGUCGUCGUGGCUAUGUCGACGCUGGUUGUGGCGUAGUGACUGGCCGUUAUGCUCAGUACCAAGAUUGUCUUGUUGUUGUUGUUGUUGUUGUUGCUGCGGAGGAUGAUGCUGGUGAUGUAGUUGGUCUUGGUAGCCGUAACCCUGACUCGGGCUCAGGCUCUGACUCGAAUUCCUAUUCCGCUUCGGGGGACUCGGACUACGUUUUGGCCGAGAUUUUGAUUUGGGAGAUUGAAUAUUUAUUGAAUCCAGAUUGA